AUGGGAGUGGGCGACUAUGUCCACUCCAAGGAAGCUGGGCAGCCCCGUGCAUCCGACCUGGGACCGUCGCAACGCCAAUUGCGGGCCGCACAAGCCAAAGUCGAGGUACCCAUCACGCAGCUGGGGGAUUUCAGUGCGCAUAGGAGAGCUGCUACACCCCAGUUUCUGGAGACAAGAGCCUUUCCACACCAACCAUUCCCUACACAUGCCGAAAAUGGAGUGCACCGGGAUACCUUUGACACCGAUGUGGAGGGGGUUGAUGAUUCCACAAUCGCAGGAACUAGUGUUUUAGGAUAUGACGAAGGUCAAUCCCUUGUCCCAUCCAAUCCAAAUGGUCGCUAUGGAGAUACCUCGCCACGUCUUUCUUACUUGCCCCGUCCUUCUCGGCAUUCGCGGGCAUCUUGGCUUGACGGCAUUGGUGACAAAGCUCUGAAGAAAGCGGGCUUUGACUCUGAUGAUGCCGAUGAUACUUCCAGUCAAGUUACUUCGACGGCACCUGCAGAUGAUGAGAAGAACGAAGGACAACAGCAGGAACAACAGGAGCAGCAACAAGAGCAGCAACAAGAGCAACAGACAAGUAGCUGGUACCUAGCUCACAAGUACCGUUCAACAGAAGAGCCACUAAGCAAGCGCUUGGAGAAUUUCUGGUCUGCAAGUAAGAGGGCGCCGAGAUCAACAGACCAGCAACAUGCGGAUACUUGGCAAAUGCCUUCCGUGGAGCCUGUCAAUGAGCGUAGCCCGCCACGAAAACUCGGGCAUAUGUUGCCCCCUGCAGCUGCCAGGAAGAUAAUCCUUCCCCACAGCAUGUCAACAACUCCCAGAACACGUUUUAGUCCACCCAAACCUUCCUUACUGGACCAGUUAGACAUAUCUCCAACUCGCCACGGAUCUGAACCUCCACCACAGGCCGGACGAACUCUAGCAUUUGAGGAUCCCAACCACAGUGAAGAUGAGGCUGACAUCGAUGAAACUAUUCGUUUGGGCAGCCGACGGAGUAGCGAGCACUCCUCGAACGUCUUCGGUAUCGCGAACAUGUCCGACCUGGACCGCGAUGGAUCGGUGAUCGAAGCCGGACAAGACCCAUUCUUUGGCCAGUCAACCUCUAAGCGCGGCCGCCGCAACACGGUCAUUCGCAGCAACAAGAGGCACCUGGAGUCUGAUUAUCCACCGCACCAGCUGUACCAAAAAUCAUUCGCCGAGCUGCAGGCUGAACCUUUCGAAAAAGCGCCAACGCCCACUCCUCCCCCCAUCAAGUCACCCUCAUUGCCCCCUGAUCCUGUCUUCACGCCAAAUGGCGGGUCACCAGAUGAGGCGGCUUUUCACCUUUUGAACCUCACAGACGAAGAUCGCCACAUGUACCUGUCUCGCAUGACGGUUGAUGAGUGGGAAGACUGCGGAGACCAACUUCUCGACCAGUUCAGCCAACUUCUCACGCAAAUGAAGAAGUUGCGUCGCGCCCGUCGCCAGACAGCCCAGAUCUUCGAAAAUGAAAUCAAGCGUCGCCAUGAACAAGUCGAGGCACAGAACCAAGAACUCUCUGCCAAGCUGGAUGAAAUGAGAACCGGGGGUGCGGAGGUACUUCGUGGACGGAAUCAAUGA